GGUUCCUUUUGCACUCCGCCUUCAGCCGGACUUAAUAUUUAGUGCGUGUGUGCGGCUGAGUGUCGCGUCGCAGUUUUCUCUUCGCUUCUUCUUGAGCUGAGUUUCCAAAGUUAGCGCUACUUAACAAAGCUGACCGCGAUUGUUCGUUACUACUGGUUGGAAUCCGAGUGAAAAAAUGAAUUACCAGCAAAAUGACAAUUAUGCAUACUCUCAGUACUACCAGCAGUAUCAGAACUAUUACUCACAAUGGGGCUAUGACCCCUACAACAGCUACAAUUAUAAUUAUGGCUCAUACUGUCCUACAACGAUGGCCCCUGGGAUGAAUCCUUCUGUGACAGCAGCAUCAGGAACAGCAGAAGCCCAGAUGUCUGCCGAGUACCAACAGAAUUUGGCAUCAGCAGGAGAUGUAGAAGAAGAACCUGUUGAAGAUCCAGAACUACAGAUUGACGUAGACGCAGCAAACAGGCAGUACAUCGAGCAAAGUGAAGAACUUUAUGAUUCACUUAUGAACUGUCACUGGCAGCCACUGGAUACAGUCACAUCUGAAAUUCCAAAUGUAAGCAAGUACUGAAGAUCACAGAGAGGGUGGUCCAGGUGAAAUUCCUGAAUUAGAUGUAUCAAGUAUUUUU